CACCGGUUGCCGGGUAACAGGACGCGGACCAAUCGGCGGCCGCGGCCAGGGCGGGAGGGGAGAGGGGAAGCGGCGCGGCGGGCUGUCGGCGUCUGUGGUAACGGGCGCGAGACGGGACAGGGGAAGCGACAUGCAAUGCAAGUGCUUGGCCAAGAACUGUCCACGCUUACUAUACCAGCUGCUGCAGGCAAUCCAGCCAAGGAGAUGGACAGCUGCAGACAGCACUUUGGCUUAUCUCAGUGUAGCCCCUGUGAGCACAUAGAUCCAUGAACACCUUGUGUAUGCAGUCAUUACUAUAUGUUGAUGAGUUAGCGUUAGAGAUGUUUCUGGAGGACUGAAAGACCGGUUACAAAACCAAAUCCUUCUAGUGUAGACAUGUUUUCUGGCUGUGAAUAUGAAUUCCCAAGAUCUGUAAUCCUUGCUGAGAAAAAUGACAGCGGGUUCUGUCUCAGUUCCUCAAGUCGUACCUCUUCGAAUCCCUCUUCCAGGGAAGGCUAAACAUGAAAUAGAUGCAAAUACUCUUGUAGAAAUAAAGUCAGAUACACCUGAGGUCACUAUUUAUUACACUUUAGAUGGAAGUAAACCAGAUCUCACUAGGAAACCUGGCUAUGGAGAGCAUAAUACUUUUAAGUAUAAGGGACCUAUCAUGUUACCAGUCGGGAAAAUAAUGGUCAAGGCAUUGGCAGUUACAAAGGACUGCAGGGAAAGUGCCAUUGUAACAAAGGUGUUUCUGGUAGAAUACAAACCACCAAACAUCCUCUUCUCUGGUGAAGAGAAUGACAAGAAUUUCCUAAAGGAUCUCUCCAUACAGGAGAGUGAAAAUGGAGUGUUUACUACAAAACCAAAGAAGAAUGGAGUGAAUGUGGAAAUCAAGCCUGCCUGGAGUGAAGCACCCCAAGACUUUCAAGUUUUAGAGUCAGAGACAGAAAGAAAAACUGCUCACAGGUCCCUGAAAGGACCACAGCUUCUGACCAGUCAUUUGGAAACAACAGGAUACAGAGAGGAAUCCAUCUCAGCACCACCCACAGAGUCAUUACAGUUCGCUAGUUCUUCUGCAGUGACUAGCCGGAAGAGCUUAGCAAGCACACAGACAGCAAGAAUCCAGAAGGAAACAGAUUUCCUCAAAUGUGCACGCUGUUCUGUACCUCGCCCGUCCGACCCCUUGGCUCACUUCUGUCAGGAAUGUGGAUCUCCUAUCCCACCUGUGCCAGUACGUCGCUUCCCAGCCCCUGAAGGAGCACAGAUGGCACCAUGUCUUGAAUGCAGAUGUCUGGUGCCAAUGAAUACACCCACCUGCAUUAUAUGUGAAGCCCCAAUAGCUCCGCAGCUGCAGCCCCAAACCACCAUCUGCCUAAAGGGCAAAGUAAUUUGUUGGGCAUGUGGCACUGGGAAUCCUCUUCACCAUAAGAACUGUGUGACUUGUGAAAGCAAACUGCCUGAAACACAGACGCCCACAUUUAGAGGAGGCACCCCCCAACCUUUCCCCAGCCAGCAAGGGAAGACAAUUGCCUGCUCAAAAUGCAGUCGUGUUAACCACUGUGAUACCAGCUUCUGUGACUGGUGUGGAGCCAAGUUUGGCCCUCGUCUGUGCUACUUUAGUUGCCUGAAGUGUGGUACAACCAACCAACCGUAUGCUCGAUUCUGUGGGUCCUGUGGUGUUUAUAUAGAGCCCCAGGCAAGGGUGGGUACUCACAACGGCAUGCUUAUGGGUGCUGGGGACUCGUUGGUCUCUUCUGAGGCUAAAGGAUUCCAAGCUGAAGCUGCCUGGCAGCCUCUUCCUAUUUCCUUGUCCAAAUCAAGAGUAGAUCUAAAUCAAAGAAAAGAUAAAGGAACCCAAACCAUUGGACUUUUUUACCCAUCUAGCAAACUAUUGGAGAAGAAGGAGCUUGAGAUGGUUUCACAAAAAGAAAAGCUGGAAAAGAUGAGUGAUCAUAAGCCUCUCCUAACAGCCAUCAGUCCUGGAAGGGGUUACUGGAGAAAACAACUGGAUCAUGUCUGCGCUCACCUUAGAAGCUAUGCACAGAACAACCUUGAAUUCAGAGCACUGAUUGGAGAACCUCGAAUGGGAAAGAUUACUUCUGCUACAGUUCAUGAGGAUGACUGUGAAGUCACUAUUACAUUAAAUUACGCUCUUGCUAUUAACCAGGAUACUCCUGCCAGUAAACCAGUGAAGUUCAGCAAUCAUUACCUGAGCACUGUAACAGAAGGCAGAGAUGGACAGGAUGGCAGUCGGGCUAGUUUGGCAGGCAAAGAGUAUCAUAAUCUUUCACAUUCAAGAGGCAAAAUAAAGCAAACAAAAUCAAGAAAACUUACAGAAAAAGAAGAUAAGCUCCCUCCAGAGUCCAGACAGCUACUGGGAGAAAUGGGUCCAAAUGCGGAAGGAAGAAUUGCUGUGGUAGAACAAUUGCUCAAUGAAGCACAACACUACUCUCCAUGAGGCAGUUUUGCUUGGAUUAGAGGGUGAGGAGCACAUUGAAGUCCUAUUACAGUAUGUACUGCAGCUGGGACAUCUAGCUCAGCUGAAAGCCACCUGCAGUCCACCUGCACAGAUCUAAUCAGGAAUACUGAAGGAGCAUAGCCUGCAAGCAGCUGAACACUCAUCUCAGCGUUCUGUCCUUGCAGAAAGAGACUUCCAGAAAUUCUGAAGUGACUCCACAUCAGCAUUUACCUAGAAGCCACUUUACUAAUUCCAUUAACUUAGAAUGAACUUAAGCAGCUAAAAAGAAUCUGUUCGUUAUUUACAGCUGCAAUGCAAGCAUAAAAAAAAGAAUGCAAAAGGACAAUCAGCAUAUGAUUUGGCUGUUACAGCUGGAAAUAAUGAAGUUAUUUCACUGUUUGCAAAUAAGCUUGGACAGGAAACAUUGGACAAAAACAAAACCCAGUAACAUUAUUCUUGCCAGUGUUUGAUUGCAACUGCUUCUUCCCCAGGAUCAAGCUGGAGGCUCUUUUGAGUUUGGGAGAAUUUAAACUCAUCUGUCCAGUUGUCUUCAGACUUCACUGGAUUGUACAAUCAACCCUGGCCCCAUGACAGACAACUACUUUGUGAAAGAUUCUCCCAUCCUUUCCCAGCUCAAUUCUUCACCAUCUGUGCUCCAUUCAGCAAGAUUUCUUUUCCUUUCCGAAGGAGUUUUUCCAUACUUGUGCAAGGAGAAGGACCAACAAACUCCUCCAAGGCACAAAGACAUUUUAGGAGAACCUGAUGAACAUUACUUAGGACAGUUUGACAUCUGAGCCAAUAGCAUUGUAAGCUGCACUCCGAUUAGCUUAUUUUCCAUUUUCAAGUUAAAACAGCAUUCAAUGCAGCUUGUUGUGUUAAAGGUCAGAUUCUUUACCUUCAGAAAACUGAGUAAAAAUUGAGUCACUG